UGGCCGGUGGUGGCCAUGGCGUUGUGCCAGGCAGUGGGCUGCGGGAGUUCCUUGUUCUGGCCUCGCGUGUUGCUCUUCGGAGACUCCAUUACGCAGGUACCGCUGCCCCGGGCUCCCCGAAGAAGCCUGGGCGCGUCCCCGUGCCGCACUCCCGCCACGUCCUCGGGCCUCCCGGUCCCCGCUCUGGCCCUCAGAUGGCUCCAGUUUUCUUUUCAGCAGGGUGGAUGGGGAGCAUCACUGGCUGACAGGCUGGUCAGAAAAUGUGAUGUUCUGAAUCGUGGAUUUUCAGGUUACAAUACCAGAUGGGCCAAAAUUAUCCUUCCAAGAUUAAUCAGGAAAGGGAACAGUUUGGACAACACUGUAGCAGUUACAAUUUUCUUUGGUGCCAAUGACAGUGCUUUAAAAGAUGAGAAUCCUAAGCAGCACAUUCCGCUGGAUGAGUAUGUUGCGAAUUUGAAGAGUAUGGUGCAGUACCUAAAAUCUGUGGACAUCCCGGAGGAUAGAGUUAUCCUCAUCACACCGCCCCCACUUUGUGAAACAGCCUGGGAAAGGGAGUGCAUCAUACAAGGUUGCAAAUUAAAUCGCCUGAACUUGGUUGUUGGUGAGUAUGCCAGCGCCUGUUUGCAAGUCGCCCGAGACUGUGGGACUGAGGUGCUUGACCUCUGGACCCUGAUGCAGAAGGACAGUCAGGAUUUCUCGUCUUACCUGUCAGAUGGACUUCAUUUAUCACCAAAGGGAAAUGAGUUUUUGUUCUCAUACCUUUGGCCUUUGAUAGAGAAGAAGGUCUCUUCCCUGCCUUUGCUUCUCCCUUACUGGCGAGAUGUAGUAGAAGCAAAACCUGAGCUAAGUCUUCUGGGAGAUGGGGACCACUAGUUAAUCACAGACAGUUUGAGUUUGGUUGUUAAUUUACAGAACAUAAAGCAGCCAAAGCACAAAGACUCUAAGAUGAUUGGUCAGAAAUACUUCUCAAGCUUAAGCCUUUGUUUAAGACUCUAAACCAAAAAAAACAAUUAACAUUUGCCACUGUUACUUAAUAAAAGCAUUUCAGUUUUUCAGGAAA